AGUGCGGUAACGUGGUUAUGCUUUGCUCCAAAUUCAGAACAAAUCAUCACAGCAUCUAAGGAUGGUUCAAUGCGGAUAUGGAAUAUCAAUGUUCGGUAUCAUCUUGAAGAGGACCCAAAGACUUUGAAGGUCUUCCCAAUUCCACUUUGUGAUUCAAAUGGCUCCGCUUUGCACUAUGAUCGUCUCUGUCUUUCUCCUGAUGGAAAGAUAUUGGCAGCCACACAUGGUUCAACAUUGCAGUGGUUGUCUGCAGAAACUGGGAAGGUGUUGGAUACAGCUGAUAAAGCACAUGAAGGUGAUAUUACAGGCAUUGUGUGGGCACCUCGGACUAUCCCAAAGGGGGGUGAACUUGUUACUGUAUUAGCCACUGCUGGUGUUGAUAAGAAAGUGAAGCUUUGGAUGGCUCCAUCUGUCCAUCCAUCAUAAGGGAUCUAUGAAUGCAUCAUGAUCAACCAUCAACAAAUGGUAAAGUCGAUCAGAUUUUGUCAUAGAAGUGCCGAUAAAUAUGCUACAUGGGAUUUUGGCCUAAUCUCACCUGAGAUUCGAAAGUUCUGACCAAUAUUUCAUCCUUAAACUGCUUACCUUGUGCGGGAAGUAAAAUACAGUCCUUGUUGGGCAAGAUAGAUGUGUGAGUGAACAGAUUUUCUCAACUGCACAAUCUCAUUGGAGAGUUUUGGUGAUUAGAGAAGGCUUAUAUACUGUAGAUAGUUGUAUGCAUCUACAGUAUCAAAUAAAAUGUAGAGGGUGAAAAAGCUUUUUUUUUUUUAUUUCGUCCAAAAAUUAAUCCCUGAAGCCUAGAUGUCUCUCUGGUAAACAUGAAAUCCUUGGUGGAGCCUUUACAUAUGCUAAAUUAUCUUACUUACCUUCUUCUAUGGGUUGCAAAUAUGCAAAAUCCAUUAAAAUUCGGUCAUUUGAGAGGCA